CAGAAGGCCACUGCUUACUAUGGUCAUGCACAACUGUGCGGCGUACCAUCCCUGCAUCACUCAUCCGACUUGCUAUAUCAGCACUGAGCUGACACUGAAGCUUGAGCUUGAUUAGCCAACUUUGACCGGCUUUAAUGGCAGAGGCUGGACCUUCCUCCCCACGUACAUUAUCUAGCACUGCCACCACUAGCCCACCUAGUUCGCUAUCGAGGCAGUUGCGCAUACACUUCCCACUUGACGAGGAUCGUUCCAGUCCCGGAGAUGAUCGCUCUUAUGGUGGUAACUUCCCAGGGCUUGGUACCCAUGCUCCUCGCCGCAAGUCAACGAUAGGAAAGGAAGCGUCCAUCCUUGACGGACUCGGAGCCCGUGAAGAUACACGACGUCGCGUAAAGUCCACCGAGGCCAAGAUCUCCACGGCUGGCCAGUUCUUCUCAUCUGGAAGUGGAGACCUGCCUGCUAGAUACUCUCGGCGUAUAUCGCAUGCCCCUAGAAAGACUGUCAAGAGAGACAGGACGUCUCAAGGCACAUUCUCAGAUGACCUGGCCGAACAUUCGCAGUCGUCUGCAUUCUCGAACGAGUAUGAUUUAUCUCGUGAAGAUCCACGAAUCAUUGAAGACGUUCAGCGUGCUAUCAGGCUGAAAGCACGACGAGAAGCACGCAUGAGAGCGUCGCAAUUCAUGUCUCAGAGAGACCCGCGUUACAAUUCUGAUGUAGCACCAUUCUCGCUGCAGUCUUCCUCUCUUCGGCCUCCAUUACAGAUUUCAUCUGUCGCGCGGUCGGAACCCGAGAAAUCCACCAACGACUCAGAGAUUGACUUCAGUCCAUCCGUCGGAAUGAUGCCGCUACAUCCAGUCCCGCUAUCGUCGAACGGCGGCGCUACUCUUGACUGGACCGGCUCUGGCUCGGAAGAUGACAGAUCGGAGAAGCGUUGGUCCCUGCACCGUCCCAAGCGCAAACACAAGGAUCGAUUCUCAAUGCCAUCAGGCCGGAACAUUGUUGAGAAGCAGGACUCUCUUUAUGCAGAUAAGUUGGCACAGAUCAGAAGUAACGCGAAGGACCGCACAUUGCGCAAGGCUGCAAUUACCAGCGAUCAACUACAGAGGCGAUACAAUCUGCUUUCACCACCUCCUGGCUCACAUAUGCCGUCGGUGAAUUUACUUGAUGUUGCUCAUUGGUACGACAAGCAAGAGCUUGGAGUCAAAGCAUCGUUGGAGAAGGCGGAACCAUUGACAUGGUUGAAGCAUCUCCUUGACAGCCGUGGCCCAAGGCCAUCGCACCCUCCGUGGUACCUUACUGCCCUCAUCAUGGAAGAAUACGCAAAGUCGCUCACACACCAUCAGUCGAUGGCGACCAUCCCUGAGGAUGUCGUUCCCCCAGACUCUUCCCCAACAGCCGCAUCGCUACCCGAGACGACGAAGUCACCGUCUAGUGGGUCGUGGUCGUGGAACCCUUCGCCGGUGUUUCUGGAACCCUCCCUCUCUCGUAAACGGUCCUCGUAUGAUCAACAGGUAUCGUUCGAACCGCAUGUUGAAUCUGGUCGCGAGUCUGUCGGCGCGCAGUCGAGGCCAAGCAAUGAGGGUCUCAACAAGAAAUGGAGACACUCGUUCACCCCAGGAUCAGAUUCGGCGCCGGACUCUCUGUACAGCAGUAGGGCCAUCGGCGGCAAGAACCGUAGUCACCUCCGUAACCUCGCCAAGCGUUUACGACGUCGCCCUUACGACAGCGAGGAGGGACUAUCGUCUGGUAGAAACUCGUUAUCAGGACGGAGUUUCUAUGAUGAUGCGUUCGGGAAGCUGGCGAGGUCUGCGGCUCGUAGCCAACCAGCGAGCCUCCGCGUACGGUCAUCGGAUACCUCGGGAUCUGACGAUGAAGCACUAUCAGAGCCUAUCCACGGGCGUCAGAGUCGCGAAGAAACCCGGACGGCCACGCGUAACGCUUUCGAACGGAACGAAGGAGGGGACGGUUUUCCGAAACCUGAGGAUCCGACGGGUCCUCCUGAUACGUCCCCUGCACCGCCGCGUCGCCUGAUUCCUCGUCGCAGACAGCGUGUGUCAUUGCCCUCAUCUGAUCGCAUUGUGAGCAAAGAGCGAAUAAUACAGCAGGAAGAGAUAGACGAGGAAGCGGAGCAUCGAGAAUAUGAUCGGAAAGCUCAGCUCUUGGAAGAUGCUGCUUCGCAUAAUUACAACAUUCGCCACAUGCUUCAUCGUGUUGGAACUAGCAUGCGAGAAUACGAUUCGGUUCAGGUUGGUCUCACAAGUAUCCUUGGAACCGACUAUCCAAAUCUGCCACCCGAAGUAUUGGAGGCAUUCCUCCACGAUCCUGCUGCGAUACUCGGGGGCACUCGCACACUCAGCGGCUGGAGAGCAGUGGAAGAUAUACAUGAGCGAGUACAGCGUCAACGGAAGACACUGCGUUCGUUCGUGUCCGCUCUUACCCCCAAUUCGGAGGAUGCGACUCCGUCGAAGAGCAUGUUCCACGAUCCUAUUGCUUCUCUGCAAGACUCGCUGUUAAAGUUAGAGCGCCAUCGACAGCGUGUUACGGAGCAGGCGGAGAAGGUGAUGGAGAUGCUGAUGGGAGUCAAGCAUAUCCACAGGACGGUGAAGAAAGAGUACAACGACACCUUAGCUCACACUUCAUUGGUCUAUCCUGAGCUAUCGCAAAUUGUGGCUCUGGAAGAGAGCUACAGAAACCAUUAUCAGCAAUUGUGGGACUUCGCUUUGGAUGCGCUGACGCUCCUGCUCGAUACCGUCACACCGUUCUGGCGUAACUAUGGAAAGGUCAUUGGAAAAGACGUACAGGACUUCUUGAUCAUCCCCUGGUAUCGGAACGAGUUCACCGGAGAGUCUAAAAGAUACCUCAUUGAGAAGUUCCCCAGGCGAUCGUUGCGGCAUUGGGUGGGUCUAUUGUGCUUAUACUUCCUGAGUCUCUGCGUAGUGGGAUUGCAAGGUCGUGCUGCGAUCGAAUUGACUUUGAAUUGGGAUCUGCCUUGGAUCCCGCAUACUGGGCUGUGGUGGAUGGUAUUUCCUAUCUUCAUCGUUGGGCUGUUGAUCCAAUGGUGUGCCGUACUCGUGGAGUCUUGCAUUAUUCUCGCAGAAUGGGGAGUCAUCGUGUGGUGGAUGGGUUGGACGUCAGUUUGUCGCAUCCCUGGUGGCGGGCUGGUGAACGCUAGGCACUAUGAGCGGUUGAGCAGUUGCAAGGGGGCCCAUCAGACUGGCACUUGGAUGAAGCGCCUUGGGCCUGGUUGCUGGAGGACUACGGGACGAAAUCUCUGCCUUGUAUGCAACGAAUGUGUGCAUGGAGGUUUGUUGUUGCUGUAG